GGGAACAGGCAAUUGCUGUGGUACAAGGCUGAUUCCCUUCAGUAAUGAAGCAAGGCGCUGGGACAUUUUCAUUUCUGAAUUCCAAGUUUUGCUGUCUUCUGCCACCUUUGAGUAUUGCCCCUGUGCCAUGCCACCCAGUCUUGGAGCGAACUGAUUACAGACUGAAAGUUUCACAAACUGAAGCACAGAGUGCCUAUGUACUCUUUGUUGUUGCCAUAUUUUGGGUGACAGAGGCUUUGCCUCUGACAGUAACCGCUUUGCUUCCUGGAUUAAUGUUCCCCAUGUUUGGGAUCCUGUCUUCUACAAGGGUGGCAUCUAGUUACUUCAAAGAUUUUCACCUGCUGUUGAUUGGAGUCAUCAGUUUAGCAACAUCAAUAGAAAAAUGGAACUUACACAAGAGGAUUGCCCUCAAGAUGGUGAUGAUGGUGGGUGUGAACCCAGCAUGGCUGACCUUGGGAUUCAUGACUAGUACUGCCUUCUUAUCUAUGUGGCUUAGCAACACCUCUACUGCUGCCAUGGUGAUGCCCAUCGUGGAGGCCGUGUCACAGCAGAUCAUGAAUGCUGAAGCAGAGGCUGAGUCCAAUCAGAUGACUUAUAUCAACGAGGCUGCCAGUGCAGGACUGGAUAUUGAUGAAAUUGCUAUGGGACAAGGAACAAAGGAAAAGAAAGAGAAAACAAAAUCAUUUACAGGGUAUAGUAAUGAUAACGAGGAAAUUUCAAGCAAGACGGAGACCCAAAAGAACUCUGUCACAGGAAAACCAUAUCGAUCAAAGAAGGACCACAUGAUGUGCAAACUUAUGUGUUUGUGUAUUGCUUACUCUUCUACCAUCGGUGGACUGACCACAAUCACUGGUACCUCCACCAACUUGAUCUUCAAUGAGCAUUUCAAUUCACGCUACCCUGAUUGUCAGUGCCUCAACUUUGGAUCAUGGUUUAUGUUUUCCUUCCCGGCUGCUGUUAUUAUUCUGCUGCUGUCCUGGAUCUGGCUUCAGUGGCUUUUCCUAGGAUUCAAUUUUAAGGAGAUGUUCAAAUGUGGCAAAACCAAAACAGCUAAAGAAAAACUUUGUGCUGCAGUGAUUAAACAAGAAUACCAAAAACUUGGACCAAUGAGAUACCAAGAAAUCAUUACUUUGAUCCUCUUCAUUGCAAUGACCCUGCUCUGGUUCAGCCGAGAUCCAGGAUUUAUAACUGGUUGGUCUGUACUUUUUUCACAGUAUUCUGGAUAUGUAACAGAUUCAACUGUUGCCUUAGUUGUGGGACUCCUUUUCUUCGUGAUCCCAGCGAAGAUAUUGACUAAAACUACACCUAAAGGACAAAUUGUUCCUUUUGAUUAUUCUCCACUAAUUACUUGGAAAGAAUUCCAGUCAUUCAUGCCUUGGGAUAUAGCCAUCCUUGUCGGUGGAGGGUUUGCUCUGGCAGAUGGCUGUGAGGAGUCAGGACUAUCUCUGUGGAUAGGAAAUAAAUUAUCUCCAUUAGGUUCAUUACCAAUAUGGCUAAUAAUUCUGAUAUCUUCUCUGAUUGUCACGUCUUUGACAGAGGUAGCCAGCAAUCCAGCUACAGUUACCCUUCUUCUCCCAAUAUUAACUCCACUGGCCGAAGCCAUUGGUGUGAACCCUCUUUUUAUUUUGCUACCUACUACUCUGUGUACCUCAUUUGCAUUCCUACUACCAGUAGCAAAUCCACCCAAUGCUAUUGUUUUUUCAUACGGCCAUCUGAGAGUCAUUGACAUGAUUAAAGCUGGGCUUGGUGUUAAUAUUAUUGGAGUUGCUGUGGUGAUGGUCGCCAUAUUUACGUGGAUUUCAGCCAUGUUCGACCUUGAAACUUACCCAUCUUGGGCUCCUGUAAUUGGUAAUAUCACCACACCAUGACAAGCACUGAAUUUCUUACUAUCACUUAGUGACUUUGAGGAAAGAAUUCAUUGGAACAAAAGACUGUUUAACUAAUGAAAAUUAAAUCAUUCAUAGUAUAGCUGCUACAAUUCCAAUGAACACACAAAAACUGCUGUCGAAACUUGGACUCCAUAUUUCUAUUGGACCCUGACCAAAGGGUAUUUGUAUGACUUCACUGAGAAGCCUAGGCUUGAGAUUUUGUUUGUGGUUUGUAUCUUGUUUCCUCAUAAGAAUAAUUUAUAAUUUGACUUUCAGAGAGGUUAGGCCAUUUGAUUUAUCUUAAAAUCAUAGUGCAGUAUAAUAUUUCAAACAUUAAUUUAUUAGUUUAAAAACUUUCCAUGAAAUUAAAAACAGAUAACACAGUAUACAACUUCAUUAGCUACUGGAGUACAUUAUUUCUAUAGUGUUGUUCAAAAAAAUUCUGAAAAAUAAAAUCAUUGUUAUCUGGUGGUAGAGAAAGAUUGUUUAAUGAGAUGUGCAUUUCCACACUGGAGUAAAAUUCAGUAGGAUUAUUCUCCAUGUACAGAGUAUAAAACUGAAUUGAAUUAGUAUAUAUUUCUAAAUUUAUAACAUAAUCAUUGAAUCACAGAAAACUCAUUGUUAAUGAUUAAUUUCUACUUGAUCCAAUUGAUAGAUUAAUGGUCCAUACUUUUCUGGCAUCUGCACUGAGAAAUGUGUUUGGAUAACUAUGAACAAGGCUUGAUAUGAUUUGUACUACUCAUACAGUAUGGUUGGAAAGAAUAGUAAACUAUUCAUAUAUUUAUACAGGUGUACAACAACUUUCAGUGUUUAUCUUAUUUUAGAAAUGUAGAAUUUUAUCUGUAAAAAAGGAGACAUAGAAAUUGUAAAUGAAUGUGUGUACAUAGAAAUAAAAAGUUCUGAUGAAUCCACAUAUCAAAAUUGAAAUGAAGUAUUAGUAGACAAAAAAUAAUAAAAAAUUAAAAUUUGACAUAUUUACAAAUGAGAAGUCAUUUAUGUGCAAACUAUUAAAAAAAGAAAAAAACCUGAACAUUAAAACAAAUAAAAAUAACAUGUGAAAAACAAUGUCUGUUAGCAUUUCAAUAAAAGAAUAGAGUGAAAAAAUGAUUAAAAACAAAAGAUGGAGAUGUUAUAUCACAGAAUUUUCAUCUUCAAAACAUAAUAGAAGACAAAGCCAAAAAAAUAAUUGAGUUAUUUGGUAUUUUCAUAGGUACCUUUCUACAUGUUACAAAUCUAUUGUUUUUGCAAAUAAUAUGUAUGAAAUUAUUACUGAAAUUGAUUAAAUGGUUAUUUAAUUAAUAUAAAUUAUUUAAAAUAAUGUUUCAUUUAAAUUUCAUAUGAAUUAUCAUGUUUAUUAAUUAUGUAUUAAUUAUUCAAUGCAAAACUAAUGGUUUUUCAAAGUAAAGUUUGUAUAUUUAAAGCUUAAAAUAUAAUACUGAUACUUCGUGAAAACAAAGUUCAUCCUAGUCUCUUGUUUCUUUUUCUGUUACUUGUUACACAUUUAUUUAUGAUCAAAAGUAUUAUUUCUCACCUCUUCCAGUCAUUCAAUGUAUUACUGCUGAAUGAAUUAUAUUAUAGGUAUAUUUUCAUUGUAAAAAAUGUGACUCUUCAAAAUAUAAUGAUAAAUUUUAUCUCCAGAAAAUAAGAUAAACAUUUCAGUUACAAUAAUUUUAAUGAUCUGUUUCCAACUGCUGCCAAGAAAGUACAAGGAAAUGUAACUCUCAGUCAAAAUUUCUUUAAUUGAGCUACACAGUUCUCUUGCUACAUCUUUAUGUUUGGUGCAUAUAUCAAAAGUGGCUUUUUAAUUUGACAUUUGGCCCAUUUACAUCCUAGUUUCUGGCUCUUUUAGUUUGAGUACUGCACAGUGUCUUUAAGUUUCUCCAAAGCAAUCUUAAACAGAUGAUCAAACAUAUCUUUGUCUUCCAAUUCCAUGGUAGAUAGUGAUUUUGUUAUUUGAAGGUUAACUAGAGAUCUUUGUCAUUUUAAAUUCUAAUGUGUUACUUGGGAUUAGAUCUUACCUUGUCUACAUAAUAACACCAGUGUCACUAGCUGCCCGUGUACUGUCAGCUGGAGCAAGCACUUGGAAAGCCCCAUGGGUGCAUGUGCAUCUUUUGGUCUCCCAGUGGCUGCAGUGCAUGUGAGCGCCUUCAGAAUCCAGAAGUCCAUGCUUUCAAAUAUGUGUUCUCAUUUUACCUCAUAUUCAAGUAUUUGUUCUCUCUUUUUCAGCCUGGGACACAGAGAAGUACAUUUUUAACCAAUGCUACUCAUUAACAUUAUUAUAAAGACAAUUGGCAAAACAAUAUCACUGCACAAUGCCUGUGUCUUGAUGUGCACUAUAUAUUAUUAUCAAAUAUAUUUGUAUAUUGAUGUCACAGAUAAAUAUUUGAUAAAUCCUU